AUGACUUGGAUACUACUAACAAUUCUCAUCUUGCUGCUGGCCUUCCAUUACCUUCGAAGACAUUUCCAGUAUUGGCAAAGUUGUGCCAUCCCAUCCGAUGUACCCAAUUGGAUAUUCGGCAACUUCGGCAGUGCAUUAACCACAAAAUCUCUUUGUCAAUUAUUUGCGGAUUAUUAUGAAAAAUAUAAGCUGCAAGGACCCUUUGUGGGUUUCUAUUGUUUCAGUCAACCCACGGUGUUUGUGAUGGAUCCGGAAUUAAUACGACGACUAUUGAUUACCGAUUUUUCGAAAUUCAACAACCACAUGAUGUAUUGCAAUGAAAAAGAUGAUGCUCUAACUGGACAGCUAUUUAAUCUAACUGGCGAUAGAUGGCGCACCAUGCGCCAAAAACUGACACCAAAUUUCACCUCUGGAAAAAUUAAGGCCAUGGUUCCAAUGAUUACAAAAAUUGCUAUGGAAUUUGUUCAAGUCUUAGAGGAGGAAAUACUGAAGACUAACGGAAUUUUGAAUAUUCCCGAUUUUAUGAAUCGUUUUACCAGUGACAUUACCGGCAGUUGUUCCUUUGGCCUGGAAAUAAAUAGUUUGAGACAGUCGGAAUGUGAAUUCCGUACCAUGUGCCACAAGGCCUUGGGUCAACAUCGUUAUGGUUUGCUGGGUUAUUUUGUGCGUCUGUGUUUUCCGAAAUUGUCGCACAGGCUGCACAUAAAAGAAACCCUACCAGAGGUGGAAAGAUUUUUCAUGAAUUUGGUUAAGGAUACUGUCGCAUAUAGGGAGAGCAAUUCUGUGAGGCGUAAUGAUUUUAUGGAUAUGCUAAUCGAACUGAAAAAGGGUGCAGAUGGACUCAGUAUAAAGGAGGUGGCUGCCCAGGCAUUUUUGUUUAUGCUUGCCGGUUAUGAAUCCACAUCGAGUACCCUGACCUAUGCUCUCUAUGAAUUGGCCCAGAAUCAGAAGGUCCAGGAAAAAGCUAGACAUGAAAUCAUGGAGGUCCUGAGAAGGCAUAACGGAUGUCUGGGAUAUGAGUGCUUGAGGGAAUUGGUGUAUUUGGAGCAAAUUAUGCAAGAAACCCUUCGCUUAUAUCCCAUUGGUUAUGUUUUGACCCGCCAAGCACUGGAAGAUUACCGCAUACCCGAUUAUCCACAACAUUUCAUCAAGAAAGGCAUGCCAAUUUUUAUACCCGCCGGAGCCAUACAUCGUGAUGAGCGUUACUUCCCUCAGCCGAAUAUUUUUAAUCCAGACAAUUUCAAUAUGGAAAAUUUAAAAUCCCGAAAUUCAAUUCUGAAUUUAUCCUUUGGUCAGGGACCACGUAAUUGUAUCGGCCUACGUUUUGCCAAAAUGCAAACGCUUAUCGGGUUAUCAUUGCUGUUGAGGAAUUUUAAAUUUUCCAUUUGUAAUUUGACACCAAUACCAUUGGUAUAUAAGAAGCGGAACUUUAUGAAUUAUCCUGAAAAAUCGAUUUAUUUGAAAGUGGAGAAAAUUGAAGAAAAAUAA